GAUCUCGCGUACGCUCGGUUGGCAUUACUUGGACCAUUAAAGGAAUGUGUUGAACGUUCACUCAAAACAGCGUGCAGGUGCAAUUUUGUGACGACGUCCCCUUCUCCCGAGUUGCCCAUCGGAGCCGCAAUUGGUGCAUUCCUUUGCGCUUCCACCCCUCCGUAUGGAGCACAGUGGUAUCGUCGGAAACGAGAAAACAUGGAGGCGCUAGAAACGUGUUGAAAGGAACGCCAGUGGAUAAAAACGUAACUUGCCGGACUUUUUGGGUUGGUUUUUUGUUUGUUUUUUCCACCUGUGGUUUUGCGUGACGUUUGUAGUCUCACACAUUGGCGUGCAUGGAGGCCAGACAAGUUACAAGCGUGUACGGAGAAGUCAGCUCUCUCCCGACGCCGGUUUGCGCCGACGUACGCGAACAACAACAACAACAACAAGCAGACAUUCGUGUGUUCACAGUGACUGCAGGGUGGAGUCAAACAGAUGCGGUGAGAGCCUCCAGACUUUGCUACUCACAGCAGUGGACUCUGAUUUCAGCCCCCAGAGACCAGCGGGCCAUCAGGACAGUCCUCCCACCAGGACCGUGUGUACCUCUGCCUGCAGAAUUACUAAGCGGACUCUCGCCCGUCGGCGGUCUAAGGGCCGUGGUCCUAGACUCGGGUGGUCACCAGCUGCUGGAGAUUUGGGACCGUCGUGGCCUCAGGAAAUGCCUCGACCUGACUGCCCUCAACAAACACGGCGGCGUGUACGACGACGCUCACUUUGGUGGUCUGUCAUGGUCAGAGUGUGAGAGCAAACUUCUUUACGUAGCGGAGAAGCUCAAGAACACAAAUGAGUCAGCGUGGGGGAAGGACAGGAGCGUGUACUGCGACGACUGGGGCGAGGCUCUGACCGACAGGAGCACACCGGCCGUUUGCGUGGUCAGUCUGCACAGCGGGUCGGCGGACGUGUUGCCGGGUGUCCCCGCGGACGUCUCGCCUGGACAGGCUCUGUGGGCUCCGGGCGGCCAAUCUGUGUUUUUCAUUGGUUGGUACCACGAACCCUUCAGGUUGGGACUCAAGUUCUGCUCCAAUCGCAGGUCAGCUUUGUUCCAGCUCGACAUGGACGGACAUUGCGAGCGCUUGACGGGGGACAAGCUGUCAGUUUCCUGUCCCAGGCUGAGUCCAGACGGGUCUACGCUGGUCUACUUGCAGGGCCAGGUUUUUGGGCCUCACAAUCAGUGCCUCAGUCUGCAGCAGUUGGACCUGAACAGUAGGAAGACGUCCACACUGUUGGAUGUUGUCCAUAGACCACAGAGCGACGGCUUUGCUGGCGUUUACGAAGCCCUGGCGUCCGGCUGCUGGUCUGCGGACGGUCGCAGAGUUGUGUUCAGCAGCGCCUGUCGGAACCGCAAGGAUCUCUUCAUGGUGGACAGGCGCUCAAAGAAAGUUUCCCCCCUCUCUUGUGGCCUGCUCGAUGCAAGCAAGAUUUAUGGCAGCUGGAAGCUUCUCACCAUCCAGAAGGACCUGAUGAUCGUGUGCUGCUCCAGUCCCAACACGCCACCGACAAUGCUGGUGGCUUUCCUCCCCUCGGCAAGUGAAGCUGUGACCUGGCUGCCCCUUCAGGAGCCCAUGAUGACCUUUGACUUCCUGUGGACUGUUCUAGAUGUCGAGCCUCCACCAGAAGAGGACAACGCAAGCUACCCCGGGUUAACGUUCGGCGCGAUCUCGGUGAAACCGCGCAGUCGUCACCGCGGAGGUCCGACGCCGCUCGUGGUCUUCAUUCAUGGGAAGUCUAAUUCAUCACGAUUCACCAUUCACCAUUCAGUCCACUCCCGCUGCUUCUUUUUCAUUGUUUUCGACUUUCUGGCGCUUCAAGGCACGAUGUGUCCCACAGGUGGGCCGCACUCUCAGUUUGCUGCCGAGUGGAACAGCACCACUGCUGCUCUGGUCUCUCUUGGCUUCGCUGUGCUCAUGGUGAACUACCGCGGCUCCACAGGCUUUGGCCAGGACGGCAUUCUAUCCCUCAUCGGCCACAUUGGAAGCCAAGAUGUUAAAGAUGUGCAGAGGGCCGUGCUUGCUGCGCUGGACAGCGACACGACUCUUGACCCCGGGCGCGUGGCUGUGAUCGGCGGUUCCCACGGCGGUUUCCUGUCCUGUCACCUGGUGGCUCGGUACCCGGACUUCUACAAGGCGUGUGCGGCCAGGAACCCCGUCAUCAACGCUGCCACCUUGCUGGGCACCAGUGACAUCGUGGACUGGCGUUACACCUGUGUGGGCUUACGGUACUCGUACAACCAGACGCCCACCGCAGAAGCCUUGGCUGCCAUGUUGGAGAGGUCGCCUAUCGUGCACGCUGCACAGAUCAAGGCUCCGGUGCUUUUGAUGCUGGGAGGAAGGGACAGACGGGUGUCUCCUUAUCAAGGUCUGGAACUCUAUAAAGCGCUCAAGAGUCGGGCAGCGCCUGUCAGGUUAUUGUGGUUUGCAGAGGAUGGACACUCUCUGUCCAGAGUGGACACGCAGGCCCAGUGCUUUCUCAACGUCGCGCUGUGGCUACAGCAGCACCUCUAACACACACGCAAUCGUAUUACGCAAUCAUUUUCGGGCCCAGUCAUGGGAGUCGCGGCGUUUUAAAUAAAUAGCUUUACUACCUGCA